AUGGAGUGCCCUCCCGAAUCUAUUGCCCGAUUUUUAUUAAAUCAGUGGAUUGACGAUGUAUUGAUAAACCACUAUGGAUACUUGCUCCAGGAGCGUGACCUCUCCAACGAAAAUCUGAAAAUAAAAUUAGCCGACACAUUUUUCUUCGAAGCCUCCCAAAGGGACGGCGCAGAGAUUGCCUCCAAAUUCCUUAAAGAUACCCAUUUGCGCUCUACGGACUUGACUUUAGUGCCCUGCAAUGUCCACUAUAACCAUUGGGCAUUAUCUGUAGUGGAUCUAAAGAACCAUGUGAUAAUUGUAUUUGACAGUAGGUAUUGCGACGAAGAUGCGCAGUACAUUUUAGAGUGUAUGUUAGGGUUCAUAACAACAUGUUUCCCAAAUACUUUUGAAAUUGACCAUUGGAACUGCUAUGCUGGUGUUUGCCCACAGCAGAACAACACCGUAGAUUGUGGCCCUUUGAUGUUGAUGUGUAUGGAGGCUGUAUCUAGGCGGGCACAGAUCGUGCUGCCAGAUCGCCUCGAACUAGGCUCCUCGUUGCGCAUCGAAAUUAAAAAUCAGGUCUUCGACAACAAAGUAGCCCACUUAUCCGAAGGGCAACUGAUCUCCAUAGGCCCUCUUGCUUUCUCUGGCCCGCCAGAGACCAAUUUACUUUCUUAG